AUGGCAGUUUUGGAACUUUUAAGUGCCAAGCGGGUUCUGUCGUAUCGAGCUGUGAGGGAAAAAGAAACUUCCUUGGUAAUCGAUUUUCUGUGUACAUCUACGUCGUCUUCGGUUCCUAUUAAUAUCAGUGAGAUUUUUCUUUGUCUUAUAAACAACGUAGUUUGCCAAGUUGCUUUUGGUAUGAAGUAUCAAGCUGAAAAAGGUUAUGAGGCUGGACAUAAUCAUUUAUACGUAAUGCUUCUAGAAACACAAAAUUUGCUUGCUGGAUUCAAUACUGCAGACUUGUUCCCUUGGAUGAGUUGGAUUCACAAGUUUGAUGGAUUAGACACAAGAUUAGAUAAGAACUUCGCACAGGCGGAUAAGUUUUAUGAAAAAGUAAUUCAUGAACACAUAAAUAACAGUAACUCAUCCAAAACUGGCGUAAAGGACUUUGUGGAUGUUCUGCUUCGAACUCAGAAAGAUCCUAGUUACAGCAUCACCCUGACUAAUGAUCAUAUUAAAGCGAUUCUUAUGGACACCUUUGUUGCUGGAACUGAUCCUACUGCUGCGACACUUGUUUGGUCUAUGACAGAAUUAAUUAAGAACUCAACAGUUAUGAAGAGAGCGCAGGAAGAGAUUCGAACGAAAACCGGAACUAAAGAGAUGGUAGAAGAAAAUGAUCUUCAUAAACUAAGUUACACCAAAUUAGUGAUCAAGGAGGCAUUGAUACUUCAUCCUCCUGCACCUUUACUACUUCGGGAAACUAACGAGGCCUGUAAAAUCAACGGUUACGACAUUCCACUCAAGACAAAGGUUAUCAUCAAUGGAAAUGCAAUUUCAAAGGACCCAAAAUAUUGGAAAAACCCAGAAGAAUUUCGACCUGAAAGAUUCUUAGACAAUAGUAUUGAUCGUAAGGGUCAGGAAUUCGAGAUGAUACCAUUCGGGGGUGGAAGAAGAUGCUGCCCCGGAAUGAAUUUUUCGAUGGUGCUCGUUGAACUUGUCCUGGAGAAUUUACUGCACUGUUUUGAUUGGAAAUUGCCUUUGGGGAUGAAAGCAGAGGACACUGAUAUGACAGAAGCUUCUGGUCUUACAAUGCACAAGAAGGUUCCUCUAUUCCUUGUUGCUGAUAACCGUAAAUGA